CCGGUUUUCCCAUGAGUGUUAAUGGUUUUUAAAAAGUAGGUCACAUUUAAAGUAGGUCACAUUUCGGAGGCGGACGUGCAGGGAAGGAGAUGAGUUUCAGCUGAGGCCAGGUGGCCUUCAACCAGGUGGGAGGAGGUGAGGGUCCCUGGGCAGGGAAGAAGAGCUGGGAUCUUUCCGCAUUUCCGGGCCCCGGGUGCAAGCUCUGCGGGAAAUCUCAGAGUCGAGCGCUCUCGGCCUGCGGACACCGAGACGGGCUGGCCAGGACCACCAGGGCGCGCGGGUCUGGGCGCCCCCUCCGCGAUCGGCGCAGGUGAGCCGGAGGGCCGCCGGGUGGCCGGAAGGAGACAACGGAGCGGCGAGGAGGAGGAAGGGACGGAGGAGCCGGGCUGGGCCGGUGCGGGAGACAGCGAGCAAGACCGCCACGGGGAGGAGACAGAGCGGCCGGCGCCGUUUAACGAGGCGCCGCUCUACGCCCGCUGGCAGCCUUCUAGGACCGGACCCGAGAGGACCGCCAUCAGCCCGCUCCCUCCGGGUCCCGGGCGUGGGCGAGGGGGUGCUGAAGAGGGAGCUCUCCCACUCCAUUAAUGUGUCUUAGAGCGGGAGGGGCCCUUUCCGAGGAUCUCUAGUCUCUCCAGCCACCACCCCCCCGAAAAUGGUGCGGCCUGGAAAGUCGCCUAGAGAAGGCGCGGAGGGGAUGGAAAAGACAACCAGCCGCGGCGGGCCGAGGGGCGAGAACGUCUGCUAACCGCUCGACUCCGGCGCACAGCUUGCAUGGGUUGGGCGCAAGCUCCAGCCGCCGAAACCGGGACGGUGAUGGCCUGGUUCUUCUCCUGCGCGUCUCCGAGAACUCCGGGGCGUGGGGUCAGAGGAGGGCGGACUCCCAGGCAUCCACCCCGCCCUGGCCGGCACCCGAACGCUCUGAGCCCGUCUCUCCUGAAGCCUGCGCAUUAGCACCGGAGUCUCUUUAAAGCAGUAGCGGGGGCCGCGGUCACGUGAGGCAAACUGUGCGUGACCGCGCCUGCGGGGGAUUUUGCUAUCCGUGCACCGGGACCGGGGGAGGAAGAACCAGCGGCUCCCCAUUACCUCCCCCUCCAUUUCCAUUUCGCGGACCCCUCAGGGACUCGUUUUGGGGUUUCCACUGACUUCUAAGAAGGACGCGUGCCCCUCUCUGACCCCAGCUCGGGCGGCCACCUGUCUUUGCCGCGGUGACCCUUCUCCCAUGACCCUGCGGUGCCUCGAGCCCUCCGGGAAUGGCGCGGAAGGGACGCAGAGCCAUUGGGGGACCUCGGGGUCGGCGGAGGAGCCGUCCCCGGAGGCGGCGCGUCUGGCGAAGGCCCUGCGGGAACUUAGUCACACAGGUUGGUACUGGGGAAGUAUGACUGUUAAUGAAGCCAAAGAGAAAUUAAAAGAGGCACCAGAAGGAACUUUCUUGAUUAGAGAUAGUUCGCAUUCAGACUACCUACUAACAAUAUCUGUUAAAACAUCAGCUGGACCAACUAAUCUUCGCAUCGAAUACCAAGAUGGGAAAUUUAGAUUGGACUCUAUCAUAUGUGUCAAGUCCAAGCUUAAACAAUUUGACAGUGUGGUUCAUCUGAUCGACUACUAUGUUCAGAUGUGCAAGGAUAAGCGGACGGGCCCAGAAGCCCCCCGGAACGGCACUGUUCACCUUUAUCUGACCAAACCGCUCUACACAUCAGCACCACCUCUGCAGCAUCUCUGUAGACUCACCAUUAACAAAUGUACCGGUACCAUCUGGGGACUGCCUUUACCAACAAGACUAAAAGAUUACUUGGAAGAAUAUAAAUUCCAGGUAUAAGUGUUUCUCUUUUUCUAAACAUGCCUCCUAUAGAGUAUCUCCGAAAGCAGCUAUGUAAAAAGAGAACCAAAACUUGAGUGACGGCUCUGGAUAACUACGCAGAAUUCUAAGAACAGCUGAAGUCAAUCUAAUUUAAAUGUGUGGAGGGGUAGCUAGGUAUUUAAAGUUCCCCCAGAUAUUUUCACCUGAGUGAUGCUUCCCUUCCUAAGGCUGACCAAGACCAGUUUAUCCUUUUAAGUUAAAAAUAAAACGUCCCAAGUAAAGGCUGAAGGAACAAUUUAUCAGAACUCUUUGCCUUUCUGAGGUUCCUGUUAGGUGGAAGGUGCCAGCACCGGCAGUAGAGAAGGAGCUCCACUUAGGAGUGCUGAAGAAGUGGAAGGAACCAAACUGACACAGGCUUAACUUCAAUUUUGUAUGCCUGGUGAUCAGAGUCUAUUUUAGGACAUUUGAUACUUUGCAUUCUGAUGUACUUAGGAGAUUUGUUAAACAGAUAUGCUUGUGAGUAUUUAUCCUUCAUUUUAUGCAAUUAACCAAAUCAACCAAAAAAAGUGACCAUGAAAUCCUGUAUUUGUCUUUUUACUACAUGUAUGAACUCUCUCAUGUGAAUGAGUACUGUAGUAAUCCAUUUCAAGGGAGCCUUAUUUCAGAAAUAUUUCAAACUGGUGCAAAUGGAAAAGACUUCUUUUCCUUUAAGGCUAAAGACAAGAAUGUCAUGCUAUACAGGUGCAACUCAAUCCCUGUUAAUAAAACCAUGUAGAUAGAGACAUUUUACCCUUUGAAGUAGCUGUGUCCCACAACCUGUUGCCAUUGAUUUUUCAGAAAUGGCUUUAGAAAUUUCCAAGUGGUCUAACCAAGGACAUUAGCAAUUGUCUCCCUUCUACCAUGUAGAAUACUCUGACUUAAUUUUCUUCCAGAUAUAGGGGGAUACCUGCCUGUUUUUCAAAGUGUUUAUUUACUGCUGUUACUAUUUGAUUAGAAUGUAUUAAAUAAAAAAACCUGACUUUCA